AUGGACAAAAAAAAACGCAGCGGAACAUCCUCCACAUUCAAGGAAAUUCAAAGCUUCAGCAAAUCCUACCUGGACCUGAGCAAUUACAGCAAGGAUAAUUACCAAAAGCAAAAUUCCAUUAACAACACAAAUGAGGUCUUCGAGUUCUUUACCAGCAUAACCAACAACCAGAAGGACAUAAGCAAAAAAUAUGAGCAGUUAUUUUCCUUAAUUAAAAAAUUUGGGAAGGAAAUUAAAUACCUGCUAGCCAAAAAUGACGAGUAUAACGGUAUCCUCAUCGACACCAAAGAAUGCGUGAAAAAGAUAAAGGCCAAACUGAGUGGGGAUUCCUGCGAGGAGUUCGAGAAUUUAGAGGAGGAACUGCUGAAGGACAAAAACAACAUCGACGUGAUAAGCAGAAUAGUGACCUACCUCUGGGAAGAAAUAGGAUACUACAGCAAAAACUCCAGUGAGUGGAAUAAAAAAAUCGAGGAGUUAAAAAAGUACAUCGGAAGCAAAGAUGAAUUCAUAAAGCUAGAAAGGAAACUAACCAUAACAAGUGAAGAACUGAAAAAGGAAAUGAUCGAUAAUAUGAGUUCCCUUAAAGAACAACAAGAUUUGAAAAUAAAAAUUAAGGAGGAGAGAAAUAUUUACAGAAAGGAUAUCCAAAAUGUACACGAAAAAAUUCUCUAUGUCAUUUUAAAAUUUCUGUUACGGGAUAAAAGGUGUAAAACGCAGAAAUAUUUUUUUCUAUUCUGGUUGAAUACAACUAGAAGGAGGAAAGAAGCGACGAAACAAAUGAUAUCACGCCUUGGGAAAAAGCUUCAGUGUCUAUUAUCCUUUAGCUUCAGAAAGUUAAAGAGCAAUUCGUUAGAAGGACAUUUAAUUGAUAAGGUUAUGGGCCUGGUCGAUUUCCCGCUGCAUGGGAACGGCAGCUCGCAAAGGGGAGUCCAGAGCAAAGCAGGGCGCGAUUACGAUUAUAACGGCAAUACCAAUGACAGCGGCAAUAACUACAGCAGUGGUAAUCAUCAAAACGGGGAUAAUCAUCAAAAUGGGGAUAAUCACCAAAACAGUCGAAAUACCAUGCGCAGUACGCCGCAGGACAGAAAGAAAAGCAGCGUGUUCUCCAACCUAGUGAACAGCGACAAAAAUCGAGACGGUGAUAACAUGUCUCCCGUUAGUUAUGACCACCUUAAUAGUAUGUCAAGGAAGCGAAGCGAAUCGAUAGCUUUUUACAAGAAGGAAAAUAGCUCUGCUACGCAAAAAAGUAAUGUAACAACAAACUUGUAUGAUCAGUCUGGGGAUUUCUCAUCCGGGAAGAGGGGCACCCAGGGUUUUGGAAACGACAGCGAGGAUGGCGAAAGGGAUGGCGGCAACGACGGUCGCAUGGGCAGUCGCAUCGGCACGAAUGGAUGCUACGAAAAGAACGCCUCCUAUGAGAAGAAUGGUUCCUACGAUAAGAAUGGAUCCUACGAGAAGAACAGCUCCUACGGAAAGAACGGUUCCUAUGAAAAGAACAGCUCCUACGGAAAGAACGGUUCCUAUGAAAAGAACGCCUCCUACGACAGGAACGCAGCUCGCGAUAGCAACUGCGCUUACCAGAAGAACAACCUGUGCGCACCCAUUCAUGAGCCGCAGGAAUACCCCAGCAGGGAGUCGAACCACCACGCUGAAAAGAUGUACGACAAUUUAGCCCGUCAAAUGAAGGAUAAGGCAGACAGGAAAAGUGUAGAAAUGAUACACCAAACAAUAAAAAAAUUGAAUAAUAAAAUUAAUGACAUCAGGGACACACUGGACAAGCAAAACAAAAUGAUGACAAAUGACGACAUGCACAAAAAUUUCCCAUAUGAUAAGUCUUCUCAAAAUAGUAAAAAUCAGUCAAAUAAAAAGCUCUCCGAUCUGGAUUGUAACCUCUCGCUAGCCAACAGUUCGCUAAACCUUCCCCCCGAAAGAACGUUAAGUGAAUAUUUAGUAAAUAAAAACAAGUCGAGAAAUACAAACACUGAUGAGUUGAACAGGGCAAAGGGAUUGAGGAAGCAGAGUGAGCACUUCCAAAAAAUGAGUGAAUAUAACAACUUCCCAAAGAAAUAUGAUAACCAUGCACACAAGAAGAGCUAUGAAAAUAUGGAAAAGUGGAACCUAAAUAACGAUAAAUAUUCACACAGUAAUUCUAUGGAUAUGACAAGUGUUGACGAGAGUUACCUUUACCAGAGGCACUCCAAAAGCACCGCUCGCAGUGGUUCCCAUCUGAAGAAUGAUGCCAGCGGUCUCGGUGGUGGUCUCGGAAGCAACAUAGGAAGCGGCAUCGGAGGAGACCAAUACAGCGCCGCAUGGAGCAGCAAGGGGAAAACCAAGAGUGGCGGCAGGGGGGACUCAAGAGGUGAAGCCAGACUCGAGUCCAGACGAAACUCCAGGCAUGACUCCAAGCAUGAUUCCAAGCAUGAUUCCAAACGUGACCCCAAAAGCGACGGUAGAGAGGUGAAGGCCGCGCACAGUACGCACCGCGCGACGAGCAACAGACGGGACUUUAUCGAAAAUAGCAAUGCAAGCUCUUCCCCGUCGGAUAUUAAGCUCAUCCUCAGGACCGGAGGGGGCUUUCGAAAACUAAGUGAGCAAUGUCAAAAAAAUUAUAUAGAAAAAUUGAACUACCUGAAUGAUAACAAAUUGUUGGGUUACGAAACGAACCUGAACAUAAAAAUAAAGGGACACCCAUUUAUACAUAAUGUGCCCAGUGGCCAACAAAAGGAGCACAAAAAGGAAAAAAGACACAGAUCGCUUUCUAAGUUUUAUAAUAUGCAUUAA